AUGUUGUCAUUAUACGACGAAUUAAACAUUGAAAUAUUUAAACACAUACCAACACCUAUCAACCUUUUAGUUUCAAGUCGGAAAUGGCAUAAUAUCUCUCAAGACCCUCAUGCUCGAGCUGAAUGGUUAAUUUACAAGUAUGGUAGAGCGCACGCAAUAUUUCACGCCGUGAGGCUUGGUAACGGCUUCAUAACAGAAAAGGUCAUACAUUUACUUUUAAAAAAGGCGAUACUCUCUAGAUAUCUUAUACAACGUUUAUUAAAGCAUUUCGGUAUCGACGAAAAGCUCAUCACCCUACCUUAUCUGAAAGUCGUACAUAAUAAUAUAAUUCAAGUCGACUUGGAUAGAUAUCGUGCCUUUCAUAAGAAAUUACCCUUUCCUUCCUUGCCUUGGGGAAGUAAUUUAUCUUUAACGAACCUCACAAACUUAAUUACUGAAGGAUUUAGUCUGUUGAACGAUCAAAAUAUUUUAGCUAAAGGGAAUGACAUGGAGUACUUCCGAUAUUUAUUAGGCGAUCCUCGUUUCUAUCGCGGACCCGCAAGGCUUUUCCGUCAUGAACCAAAUUUUAAUCUCGUUAAAGAUUUGAUCUUGAUAAAAAAAUUUGUCCCAUUUCCACCACGACCAAAACUUAAAUAUGAGGAUACGAUAGAUUAUGUUAAAUUAAUGAAAAUCAGAACUCGUGAAAUGUAUCCACCAAAGGAUGGUUAUGAGAACAAUCGUCAAUGGAAUGUGGUGGCUAAAGCGAUAUUAGCUCAUCCGGAUUUGAUAACCUUUUGGAAAGAAAUUGGCUAUCAUGAUAUUUGUAACGAUACCAAUGACUUCGUAAUGCGAAGUGCAUUUAAUAUGCUCUUCCCUCCCACUCCAUCAGAUGAUUGGAUAUGCCCUGAUGUGGAAACUGUCGUUGCUCGUCUACAAGAACUUAUUCGACUUGGUUUCGAAUUAUCUCUUGAUGUUAUAGAAGAAGUAUUACAUUCGUUUGAACUUGGACAUAGAUUAAAGGCAGUCGGUGAUCUUUUAUUGGACUCAUUUCAAAUCGUUCGUAAGGAAUCAAAAUCCGAUAUCGCAUUGUCAUGUCUUACUCUUGCAAUGAGACCCGAGAGAAAUUCCAAGAAGAAUGACUUAUUAGGAUUUUUAAUUAAGAGAGUGGAUCGACAACCUGAAGAAGCUCUAAAGGCGGCGUUAGAUUAUCAUAAAGUUGAAUUUAAACUUGAUGCUGAAUCGAUCAUGACAACCAAAGAAAUUCGAUCCUUAACAGUCAAUUCAAAUAUCUACCGUUGGAUACUUAGAACUUACGGUCCCGAUUCUAAGGCUACGCAGAAAUGCUUUGAUGACAUUGUUGAAUCACGAGUUUGGAUCGAUCUAAAGUUACAAGAGAAUCCUGAUAGAGAAAUUCCGGACCGUCUUUCACCCCGUUCAUUUUAUUCUAUUUGCUCCAUUUAUCUUGAAUAUUGUAAUGAGAAGGUUCCGAUUAAAGCAAGUUACUUGCAAUACAUACAAUUGGCAAAAAGUUUUGAAAUCAUUCACCCAUUUUUUAAAAUAAGUUUGCCCAUUAUAUUUGGAUUACAAUUGGAAGAAUUCUCUUUAAAAGUUUCAUAUGACUAUAACAGGCCAGAAAUUAUAUUAAAUCACAGAGCUCAAAUUAAUAGACAAUCCAAUGAAAUCAAUAAUAUUCCUCGAAAUCAUGCUGAAAGGAAAUAUUGGUUCAUUUUACUUGAAAAUAUAUAUUAUAACAUUUAUCAACCAAAUUAUGCUGAUAUUAGCGAAAAUUUUAAGGAGAACCUGGAAUACUUUUGGAGAAGGAUUCAUGGGCAUUACUAA